GUGUAUAAUAAGCAAGUGAUGAUUUCAGUAAAUUUGAGGGUUAUGUUGCAACGACGUGGCUAGUGUUGAACUUUAGUUCCCUGGUAUGUAAAUCACCUUUAAUACAAGGUUCAUAAACUGAGCAGCCAGAUCAGCUAGUUUGUGUUUCAUUUGCCCGCCUCCCCUUAAGCUGACUGGAAGACGGACAGCCCAAAGAAGGGGACGUUUUGUUGGGAAUUACAACAAACUGAAGGAUUAAAAGAACAGGGUUACAGAACUGCUCUUCGCUCUUGUGGUGGGAUCUUGCGAGAGAGGCAGAGAAGAGCUUAUCAUGAGAGGGAAGGAAGAAAAGUCUUCACUGAAAGCUUUCAUGAAACAGAGAAGGAUGGGGUUGAAUGACUUCAUUCAAAAAAUAGCUACCAACUCCUAUGCAUGUAAACAUCCUGAAGUUCAAUCUAUUUUGAAGAUCUCUCAGCCUCAAGAGCCUGAUCUUAUGAAUGCAAAUCCUUCUCCUCCACCCAGUCCAUCUCAGCAGAUCAACCUUGGCCCAUCAUCUAACCCACAUGCUAAGCCAUCAGAUUUCCAUUUUCUGAAGGUUAUUGGAAAAGGCAGUUUUGGAAAGGUCCUCCUUGCGAGGCACAAGGCAGAAGAACAGUUCUAUGCAGUGAAAGUACUCCAGAAGAAAGCAAUCCUGAAGAAGAAAGAGGAGAAACACAUCAUGUCAGAGCGCAAUGUCCUACUGAAGAAUGUGAAGCACCCUUUCCUGGUGGGCCUCCACUUCUCCUUCCAGACAGCAGACAAGCUGUACUUCGUCUUGGACUACAUCAAUGGGGGCGAGUUGUUCUACCAUCUCCAGAGGGAGCGUUGCUUCCUGGAACCAAGAGCUCGUUUCUAUGCUGCUGAAAUCGCCAGUGCACUGGGAUACCUGCAUUCUCUGAAUAUAGUUUAUCGGGACUUGAAGCCUGAGAACAUUCUGCUUGAUUCUCAGGGCCACAUUGUCUUAACUGACUUCGGACUUUGCAAAGAGAACAUAGAACACAAUGGCACAACUUCCACAUUUUGUGGCACUCCUGAGUACCUUGCCCCUGAGGUCCUUCACAAGCAGCCCUACGACCGCACUGUGGACUGGUGGUGCCUUGGAGCGGUUUUGUACGAGAUGCUUUAUGGACUGCCUCCUUUUUAUAGCAGGAACACAGCAGAAAUGUACGACAACAUCUUGAACAAACCACUGCAGCUCAAGCCAAAUAUUACCAACUCCGCUAGACACCUUUUGGAAGGUCUUUUGCAAAAGGACAGGACCAAGAGGCUGGGUGCAAAGGAAGACUUUAUGGAGAUUAAGAAUCACAUCUUCUUCUCUCCAAUUAACUGGGAUGAUCUCAUUAAUAAGAAGAUUACACCUCCUUUUAACCCAAAUGUGAGCGGCCCCAGUGACCUGCGACACUUUGACCCCGAGUUUACAGAGGAGCCUGUCCCAAACUCCAUUGGCCAAGCUUCCGACAGCAUCCUCAUCACUGCCAGCGUCAAGGAGGCGGCAGAAGCCUUUCUGGGUUUCUCCUAUGCUCCCCCCAUGGAUUCUUUCUUGUGAAUUCCUCUUAGUGCUUGCUUGCUUGGUUUGUUCCUCUCCUUUUUUUAUUAUUGCUGGGGGAGGUGGGAAAUAAUGACCCUUAUGUUGGCCAUCUGGUCUGGUCAUCAGACUGCCAGUUGUCCAGUCAUCUUGAAAAAAUAACAUUUUGCACAUUUUCCCACUGUGUGGCAGCUUUGCAGCCUUAAUUUUAACUGUGUUGCUGUUUUCUGGAAGCUUUUCUUUGUGUGUGGUGGGCUUGUUGUUCAUUUCAAAGGGCACAUUUCACUCCUUUUAAAUGAACUCGCAAAACAUUUCACUUCCAGUUCUUCCCACUCACCAAAGUGGUGCUAUCUCCUUUGGAGGUUUCAAAUGAGGAGGACGAAAAAAAAAAAAGCAACUGCUGCCAUAGACUGCUGUGGAUUGUAAGCAGAACAACAUGCUGUGUGUUCCUACUGCUAUUUGGAGAGAGUGUGCUGAAAACCUAGUUUGAGGUUGUUUCUAGAUGUGGUGAGGAUUUUAUGAAAAUGUGCCUUUUUCUUGAUGAGAUCUUGGGAGCUCCAAAGCUUUUCCUGUCAGAGUGUUUCUUGACUUCACGCCCGUAUGUGUGGGUUUGCGAUGUGAACAAUGGUAUGAGUGUGGUAUGCAUAAUUAGCGGACGGACUUAGUUCAGAAGCGUCCAUGUGACACUUGCAGGACUUGACAAUGUGGGGCAUUGUUUGUUCCUUCCAUAUUUGGAAGACAUUUAAUUAAUAUGUGUAGAUAAUGACUUUUUAAAUAUGUAAAUCUAUACAGUUAAUAACUAAAACUAUCAAGAUAGGCUUCAAUGACUUGUUUCCCAAAUGCUUGAAGAAAGCGUUGCUGCUAUGGAAAUACAUAUAUAAAUAUAUGUAUAAAUAUUUCUAUUUUUAGAAAGGGUUUCUAUGGACCAAAAUGCCCCAGCUGCAGUCUGUCAAAGCUGUUGGUUUCUUUCAUUUUUGCUGUUGUUCAUCUGUAAAAUUGGGCAUUAUUUAUGGUUUGUAAAAACAAACACAUUGUUUGCAUUCCUGGUUGUAUGUAUCUGUAAAAUACAUGUACAGUUGGUUGCAAUGCUAGAUGUAUAUUUAAAAGGAGAAAAAAAAACUUCAGAGGCUUAUAAUGUAUACCACCAUUGUAAUGUACUUAACAUGGUUAUAUGUACCAUUUUUGUGACCAAAUCCAUUGGUUUGCAGUAAAAUCUUGGACAAUAUUUCUAUAAA